CAUUUCAUCUCGCGAGAUUUUGACCACAGUAAGGCUGUACGUGGCUGGGUGGUUCAGGAAUAAAAACAAUCAUAAUCAGGUUUUAAAUAUAUACAUCGGUAAUGACCGCAAACAAAAGGCAGAGUUAAUGACGUGUGGAGAUACAUGUUUUUACAAAUAGUGCUUGUUUUGUAAUGUUUAUUUAGAAUUAUUUGGCCAACCGGCUGUAAGAGCAGCUGUAAAAGGAGAGUUUGUUGCUCACCCAGCAGCCUGCCAGCGAGUAAUGGCGGAGAGUAUUUCUUCUGGUGACUUAUCUGUCCUUCCUCCGCCAAGGACUCGUAUCUUCAAGAUCAUCGUGAUCGGGGACUCGGGGGUCGGGAAGACCUGCCUCACCUACCGCUUCUGUGCCGGCAAGUUCCCGGAGAAGACCGAGGCCACGAUCGGGGUGGACUUCAGAGAGCGGUUGGUGGACAUUGACGGCGAGAAAAUCAAAAUCCAGCUGUGGGACACAGCGGGCCAGGAGCGUUUCAGGAAGUCCAUGGUGCAGCACUACUACCGCAACGUGCACGCAGUAGUCUUCGUGUAUGACAUCACCAAUGCUGCUAGUUUCCGCAGCCUCCCAGCGUGGAUUGAGGAGUGCAAACAGCAUGCUUUGGGAACGGAGGUGCCCAGGAUCCUGGUGGGGAACAAGUGCGAUCUCCGAGACGGUGUGCAAGUGGGAACAGACGUGGCCCAACAGUUUGCAGACUCUCACUCCAUGCCGUUGUUCGAGACCUCAGCUAAGAACCCCAACAGUCAGGGGGGCUUGAGCACGGGUGACAGUGACCACGUGGAGGCCAUUUUUAUGACUGUGGCUCACAAGCUGAAGUCUCAGAAGCCUCUGGUGUUGAGCCAGCCUCCUGUGGGAUCAGGAAGCAGCAUCAAACUGAGCUGCAGAAGAGAGGACGGAGCUGAUGUGUCGCAAGGGUGGACCUGCAGCAGCUGCUGAUUUGAUGGACACGACUCAACAAGACAAUCAUGAGGACAUAGACUUGUUCUUUAAAGCCAUAAAAACAUGCCGUACAUUGUGUUGUUGUUUGGGUAGAACUGGUUUAGGUUGAAGGGAGAAGAGUGUGACAACGUGGUCAUAAAUCAAUUUAACUGUGACUUGUGCUCUUUGGCCUCUGACAAGCUUUAAACAUUCACUUCUUCCUCCUUUCUGACUGGAGUGUAAGACACAGUACACGUCAGCCAAGCAUCUUCUGCUUCUCACUAAAAAAGUGCCCACAGAGGUUGGAUUCCGCCACAGUAAUUAACAAAACGUACACAUUUCAUUUGCUUUUUAGAUUUUUAGUCCAAAGAUAUAUUUCUCGUCAUUGUAGUCAAGACAGAGCCUUCCAAUUAAGUGCCAGAAGUUAUCGGUUUGCAUGCUAGUUUGUCUUCAGCUUCAAGAUGUUGUUUAUCCUGAUUGAAGGGAGCUUCAGUUUGUUUACACUAGUUAUUCUUGUAUCAUACAGAUUGAUGCAACAAUGUUUUUUAUUGGCAUGUGGUUAUUUAUUAUGAGAACAAAAGCUUUAUUUUUUGAGUUUUUUUGCUCUGCUUUGCUGUAUGUAUAUUUUAUGUACAUAAUUUGUAAUUAACAUUGAGGAAUAAAUGCAAGAAUCCCAAGUAAUUAAAAAACAAACAAAAAAAAAACAACUGUUAAAUAAUGAGGUGCAAAUACACUGAGUAGCCUGAAAGGGCUGUUUACAACCUUUACAUGGCUGCCUAGAGGGUGCUCAUUUUCCAAAGUGUUGUAAGCCUUAUAUUUUGCCUUCUUCCGGCUUUAAGCACCUUAACUAUGUUCCACGUAACGCACACACAAAUACACAUGCACACACUAGGGCCCCUAGGCUUUGUGUGAUUCUUAAGAGGUUUUUUUGUGUGGCCCCAUUUCAGUUUUUACUAUUACUAGUAUAACACAUUAGGGCAGUGAUUCACAAACUGUGGUAUAUUUGCCAUUAGUGGUACGCCAAAGAAUCACUUGAUUGAAUAUAGGAAAAUAAAACACUCUAAACAGUGUUACUGUUCAAACUGUGUGUAAUGUUACAGUGGCCUAAAAUAAUAAGUAUACUUAUUAAAUAAAGACUCUGCCUUGUUUUUAAUGCAUACUUACAAUACUGUAUUUUAAUAUUGGUCAUUAUGGUGAUAUUUGGAGAGCAACGUUUUUUCUGAGGUGUUACUUGGUGAAAAAAGUUUGAGAACUACAUGCACUAGGGGCUGUAGUGAGUAUUGUAAUACAGUGGUCCUUCUCCACAUUGUGUUUCAAAGUUUCAUAGCUUGUGACUAUGUGGGCGUUACUGUACCUCAUGUAUAGAUGGUUUUAAUGAUGCAAAACAUAUUUAGAAAGUCGUAAACAGAUUUUUCUUAAUGCUUUAGCUACAAAGAUAUUGCAUUUACAAUUAAUUCCUACUUUACAGAUUUUAAUUUAUUACGGUAAUUUAGGGUUUUGCUCUUAGUGACCAAAAGUAGAUUUGGCUAUGGGAACCUUAAGUGUGUGCAUAAAAAACACAACCAACAAAAAAACAGCACAUAUACUGUAUGUUUAUAAUUAGAUAUUAAGAAACAAUGUGUUAUUGUUCCACAAGUUAUGUAAAGAUGUGUGUUCGUAUUGGCUGUUACAAUGUAUGGGUUUCACCCGGUGGGAUUUGAGGGGUGCACCCAGGGGUGCACUCAGGCAACACUAAAUUGAUCCUUGUGUGUGAAUGUUGUCUAUCUGUGUUGGCCCUGCGAUGAGGUGGUGACUUGUCCGGGGUGUACUCCGCCUCCGUCCGAAUGCAGCUGGGAUAGGCUCCCCGAAAGGGACGCGGUAAGAAUGGAUAUAUGGGUAAAUAAUCAUGUAUGAACAAUAAACAAAAAAGACUACAUUGACAACUACAAUUCUGUUAAAUUCUAUAUAUUAAAUAGUCACAUGUUUAUAAAAAUGUAUACUGUAUGAAAAGGUACAAUAAUAGUUCAAUCAUAUCGCCUUCCACAGUAUUCAGUAUCAUUGAAUGUAUAUUCUAUCGGAACAACAACAUGACUGCAAAUUAUUUGUUGCUGCUCUUGGACUGAUUUCGUGUAUGUGCGCGCUGUGUGUGUGCACGAGACGGUGGUGAGCGACAAACCUGAUACAAGACAUUGAUACAACGUUGAUGAUACAUACAGGUCCUUUUAAAAAGGAAUUCGAAACAAUGUUGCAAAAUAGUUGUAUUUGUAAAUUGAGUUGUCUAUAAAUGUUCUCGAUCAUCAAGGUGAUUGUUAUCUCAGGACAUUCAAUCGAUUGCAACUGGACUGUUUGGUAUUUCUUAGAAGACGUAUCGCCUCUCAUCCGAGUCGGCUUCAUCAGUUGGUGCUCAUAGACUUAGAUUGGUCAGAUCAGUCCUACUACAUGAAGUCGACUCGGAUGAACGGCGAGACGUCUUCUAAGAUAAACAAAACAGUCCAGUUGCGAUCGAUUGAAUGCCCUGAGGUAAAUUGAGUUAAUGCCCAACGUUGGAUUCAAGUUUUAGUUUGGGAAAUGACCAAAUUUCAAUAGUCAAAUCAAUGUCAGAACCAACAUUGAUUAAACAUUGUCAAAAAGCAUGUUGUAUGUAAGUUAGGUUUGAGUUGCUCAAUGUCAGGACCUAAUUCAACAAGUUGUCAACGUUUUAAUCUCUUGUGCCUACUGGGUUUCGUCAGACCAACGAACAAUUUUUAAUCCCUCUAAUUGUCAAACAUAUACACAUUUAGAAAGUAUAUGUUGAACUACCAAUAGUAAUAAACUAGCAGGUGGUGUUAUGUUGGUUUUUUUUGGUUUGAAAAAUGUAUCUUCAGGCAAGUUGCAAACAGCUACUCUAAGUACUUACAGAAAUACAAAGAAUGAGUAAAGAAAAUAAUCAUGAAUGCAGGAAUAAAACAUAACAGCCAUUAAUACUCCCAUUUGGUUUAUUUCUGAUCGUUUUUACUGUUGCAAGAAUCUGUGCUGCAGAAGUGAAUAAAUAUGAUUGAAGUC